GUUUUUUCUACAAAAGACACGUGAAUGUAAUUCCCAGAAAAGGGCACCAAGCUCUGCCCAAGAGCAGAAGUGAUAGGAUAAGGGAAGGGAAGGGAGAGGGAGAAGGGAUUACUAUUUCAGAAGACAUUCAUAGAAAGAGGGUAGCAAAUUCUGUGACCAUCUUUAAAGGAAGUUUCCUGGGACCUCGAGAGAAAGAAAGAAGCCCAAAGAAGGAAAAUAAAGGGCUAUGAUUUCCUUGUCCUGUUGCUUUGUCUCUGGCUCCCUCUGCCUCUGGAAGAGUAGCCACAGGACACAAAGAUGCCCAGCUGGUCACUGCACGCCCAAGUUCAGCUUAUUUGGUGCUUCUCUCCUGUUUAGCCCGACUGUUUUCUCAGAAGGGGAGGACUCACAGCCCGACAGCCUUUUAGUUUAACCUGAAGAGUGUGUGCUGCCUCUCUCUGCCCAUCCCAAGAGCUCGCUGGAGGUGGAGAAGAGGGGAGAAAGAGGAGGACUUGAAAGUGCCCGAGGAGCUCCCGAUGCUAAGAGCAGACAAACAUUCCCGUGGACGACGCAGAAAGGACAAAGCUGACUGAUUUAUUGCCAUUUUCCAUAUAAUUUUUCUCCCUAUUCUUUGGCGCACACCCGUGUUUAGAGAUCUUUGAAAACACAAAACAAAACACCAGCCUCCAAGCCCCAACCCCCUGGCUAGCUCUUAUGGGAAUGAAACACUCCUCCCGCUGCCUGCUCCUGAGGAGGAAAAUGGCGGAGAACGCUGCCGACAGCACCGAGGUUUGCCCUAUCCCAUCCCAGCCUCCUCAGCCUACUGUUGUUCCAAAGCCAGUUCAAUCUGUUAUACAUGUCCCAUUGCAACCAAGCUGCCCAGGCCGAGGCAAGAUGGCAAAGCUCAUCAAUCCAGAAGAGAUGACAUCCAGGGAUUAUUACUUUGAUUCCUAUGCUCACUUUGGAAUUCAUGAGGAAAUGUUAAAGGAUGAAGUGCGCACAUUAACAUAUAGAAACUCAAUGUAUCACAAUAAACAUGUUUUUAAAGAUAAGAUUGUCCUUGAUGUUGGAAGUGGCACGGGAAUCCUCUCCAUGUUUGCUGCAAAGGCAGGAGCCAGGAAGGUGUAUGGGAUCGAAUGCUCAAGUAUAUCUGACUACUCAGAAAAAAUUAUCAAGGCCAACCACUUGGACAAUAUAAUCACAAUAUUUAAAGGUAAAGUCGAAGAAGUUGAAUUACCUGUGGAUAAAGUAGACAUCAUCAUCAGCGAGUGGAUGGGUUACUGUCUGUUCUAUGAGUCAAUGUUAAACACAGUCAUCUUCGCACGAGACAAGUGGCUGAAACCUGGAGGGCUAAUGUUUCCAGACCGAGCUGCUUUGUACGUGGUAGCAAUUGAAGACAGACAGUACAAGGACUUCAAAAUUCACUGGUGGGAGAAUGUGUACGGCUUUGACAUGACCUGUAUUAGGGAUGUUGCCAUGAAGGAGCCUUUGGUGGACAUAGUAGAUCCAAAGCAAGUGGUGACCAAUGCCUGUUUAAUAAAGGAAGUAGAUAUUUAUACAGUGAAGACUGAAGAAUUGGCAUUUACUUCUGCAUUCUGCCUCCAAAUUCAGCGUAAUGAUUACAUUCAUGCCUUGGUCACCUAUUUUAAUAUUGAAUUUACAAAGUGCCACAAAAAGAUGGGAUUUUCUACAGCGUGACCUGGAUUUCACAGUAGACUUGGAUUUUAAAGGACAGCUAUGUGAAAUGUCAGUAUCUAACGACUACAAAAUGCGCUAGCAGGAGAUCUUUCAGAGAGAUGAAAAGGAGAAUUUUAUCAAGUCCUGAACUGCUGAACUUCAAGCUAGAAACAACUGUUCACAAGAUUACUAUAUUAAAUACUAGAAUGCUUACUCUGGUGAAAAGUGGUAACCUGAUCCUUCUUGCAGAUAGUACAGGGGGCUGGUAUCCCACGGUGAAUGUACAGUAUACAGAACUGUAGCUUUUGUCAGACAUAUAGGAAAAAUAAGCAACAGUCUUGAGUGUUCCAGUUAACUUUAGGAUGGCAGAAGAUGCAUAUACAAAUUGUACUACUUACUGUGAAUUUCUGGUUCUUCCAAGCUUUGCAUGUUGAAGAUGAUUAGGGCGGUUUUCUCACUAUGAAAGACCACUACAGCACAUUACUGUGAUAGUAUUACUGGACUUAUACUCAAUAUAAAUGAAUAUAUAUAUUGUAUAUGAGAAAAAAAAUGUCAUUUCAUAAUAGGAAUUUGUUCUGUGAUUAUUUAAUUCUCGUUAUGCAGUUAUGGUAAGAUAAUGAUGGCACUACUCCAGGCAGUGAUAUACUACGUUAACUGUCCAAAGUGUAUCUUUGGUAAAUAAUCCAUGCAAAGUGUAGAUAAGAGCUGGGCACUUACAGAAACUUCAACAACUAUCUUUUGAAUGUCCUCUGGAAAAUGUGGACUAUUCGUUUUAAAAUUCACCUUCAUACCUGGAUGUCUGUCAGAGCUUUAAAAAACAUUAGCUUUUUAUCCUUGAAAAUAUUCUGUGGUGAAUUUUUAUAGCUGGAUUUUGCAUGAGACCUUCUAAAAUCAGACACCUAGUAUUUAAAUGUGAUGAAUGCAAAGUCUCUGAAAUGGUGGAUAAUUCGUGUUUCUUGGCCUUGCCAUAUUUCAGUUCUUUACAAGGUUCUUAAUACAAAAUAAUUUUCAAAAAAAUAAGAAUUAGUGUUUCUUUUUGGUGAUGUUUUAGAUAGGUUUUAAAUUGCAAAUACUAUUCUCAAGAAUGCCGUGAUUUGCAGGAACAAGCUAAUGUCUUUAAAAAAUGUCUAUGGCUUCUGAUAUUAAUACAAGGUCUGUAGCUUCUCUUACUCUUCUUUCCUCUUACACCCUUUGUUUUUCUUACAGUAUCUCCUGCGUAUAGUUAAAAUAUUAACUGCUUAUAACUCUUCAAAUGUAUGUAUCAAGCCUUUUUACUGUAUGAACGUUGACCAUUUAUUCACAUGUAAUUUGUCAGAAACUCCAUCCUAUCUACCUACCUAUCUGUGGUCCUAUCUACCCAUUUUCCAGUCUGUUUGGCGUUAGGCACUAAAUCAUGUUCCAUCAUGUAUUGGAUGAGAUUGACUAGUUUUUUGCCUAAAAAUUUUUUUAAUUACCUGCAAAUAAAGUAUAGUUGAAGAUGUAUCUUGCGAGUAUUUGUCAACUUUUCACUUUUUAGAAAUGUAUUUCUUUUAUUUUUCCCUUCACAAAAACUGUACGGUGCCUCCAUUUUCUAACGGUCUAAAGAUUAUGGUCUAGGAAGUGUAUCAUAUGGUGUCUUUGUAGAAUGAAAUUAAACUGUAA